AUGGUAGCGGAAGUCCUAGGCAAGCCCUGGACAACAGAAGUCGUACUCUCAACCCUCUCCAAAGCAGACGUGGUCGUCGCAGGCGUCAUCAAGGAUAAUCUAGAGCGCAGUCUGGAAGGAUGCGAUAGGGCAGCGGUCGUACUAGUGAACACGCACAGCGUAGAGGACGGGUCCGCCCCAGACGACGCGCUGAGCGAACGCUGCGACUAUGAAUUCCUAUACUCGCGGACCCCAUUCCUGCGGCGCGACCUGACGCGGUUCUUAUCGUUGAUCCUGGGCCAGACGAGGCCACACGAGGAUCUGCGGACCAAGACUCGUACCAAUUUUAUUUCCACCACUUUCCCCGAUGUGCACGCCGCGCUGCCGAACUUGGAUAUUCUUUCCGUGGGCUCGGAUGCGGUUGAGAUUCGCGUGGAUUUGCUCGUUGAACCGGAGUGUGAGGGGAAAGUGCCGAGUUUGAAGUAUGUUGGUCAACAAUUAAUGCUCCUUCGGCAGCAUACUGAGUUGCCGAUCAUCUUCACCACUCGCUGUACAAAGGAGAAUGGGAAAUUCCCCAUGGACGACCCCACGCUUUUCUUCAAGUAUCUUCGACGCGCGAUACAGUGGGGAGUGGAGUAUGUGGAUGUGGAAUUGUGGCUUCCAGAGGAGAUCCGACGAGCACUCGCCGAGUUGAAGGGUAACAGCAUCAUAAUGUCUGCCUUCCACGAUUUCUCCGGAACCUGGAAAUGGACCUCACCAUCCGCCGUGGAGAUCUUCAACGAGAGCGCCAAAUACGGCGACAUCGUGAAGAUGAUCGCGAUGGUCUCGACCAUCGAAGAAAACUAUGAGCUGGAAUACUUCCGCUCAACCAUCAAAUCACGCGGAGCAGGCCACCCCCUCCUCUCCGCCGUGAACAUGGGCCAAAUGGGCCAACUCUCCCGAGCCCUAAACACAGUCUUCUCCCCAAUCACGCACCCACUCCUCCCCAUGAUCGCCGCGCCGGGCCAACUAACCGCCGCGGAAAUCAACGAAGCCCUGCACAUAAUGGGCCAGCUCCCGAGACGCGACCUGUACACCAUCGGCUCAUUCCGCCAGACGCCCCAAUCAAUGUUCAUGGAGAAAUGCAUGAACGAACUCGGCCUCCCGCACUCAUUCACCUGCAUCGACCGCGGCCCAAAGGGCUCAAUGGAAUCCGUCCUCCUACACCCCCAAUUCGGCGGCGCCUCUCUAAACCCCCCCGGUCUCAGCCUCAACAUCAUACAUCCCAUUCAUCAGCGACGCGGCCCGCGCAAUCGGCCUCAUAGACACAAUCGCCGCAACAUCCAAUCCAAACUCCUCAUCCCCAUCCCCGCCUCCCGCCCCCCUGUCCUCAAACCCAAUGGCCUCCCCCUCCACCCCCACAACAACCUUUAUCGGCGAAAACGCCGCCUGGAAGGGCAUCCGCGCUACACUAACGCGCGACUACGUCCCUUCAGCCUACAAGAACCGCGCCGCGAUAAUCCUCUCAGGAAGCGAGUCCGACGCCUCGGCCACGAUCUUCGCCCUGCGCAGUCUCAGGCGUCGGGUCAAUCUACACCGUUGGGUUCAAGGCGCAUGGUCCACUAG